AUGACAACACCACAGACAGGGUGGCCUUGCUAUCCAAUCUCCUUACCCUACCAGGUUCCCGGGCAUUCGUACUUUACGGGUGACUAUGCUGGCGUGUUGGUGUCCUCCCAGGCGAUACCAUGUUUUUACAACAAAGUGACUGAGAAGCGAACUCCAAAAGAGAACAGGAGAUUCCUUCUGGAAAGGUCAGUGUUUGAUUUGGUGGAAGGUCAUCCCUACCUGGCGCUAACUGACCAAAAACUGCUGGUCUGGUAUCUCAGUUUGUCUCCAGACGACAGAAAGAUCAUACAAGAUGAUGGAGGUUUAUACCAGUUUCUGCAUCAACAUCCUUCCCUGGAGCUGUCGAAGCAUCAUGUUUAUGUGAAGUAUCUUGAGUUAGAGGAGAUGCUUUCCAACACAUUGAGUGAGGAUUCAUCCCUGCCCCGCUGCAACAACAGCAGGUCUGGAUCACAGAAACAGUCACAGGAGAUGCGCCCCACCAAACAGAUUGCCCAUCCGCAAGACAGCUUCCAAACAGCCUAUAACAGCCCCUUCACAGAGAGCCAUCAGAAAGCACAUCAAGUGGGGCUGUCCAGGAGUAACAGCAGUGGUGCUGUUUGCAAGGAUCCAGCAGCCAUGGUCAGCUUCUCUCUGGACAUGGAGCUGGAGAGAUGCAGACAGAAGGGAAAGCCUGAGCUCAGCGGCCAGAUUUCAGUGGCACAAGACCAGAGUCCUAACUUCACAUGUGCUGAAAUCAGUCAGUUACAGUCUGAAUGGUCAACAAUUAAGAGAGAGUCUUCUGAGUACUACACCUUGGAUAGUAUCCAAAUGGAUGACACAGAGUACUGUGACAAGAGCUUGACCCAGUCAGGGGAACCAGAAAAGAACAACUCUCUUCUGGCCUUCAAGGGAAUAUCCACCUCGAGGGAGACUUUUGCUCAACCAGUAGAUGAAACGUACUCAAACACAGCCUGUCAGAAUUACACGGUCUAUGGUAGUGAAUACCCUGCAGGUGAUGAUCAAGUUAGCUCAAGCCUUGAAGAUCCGAGCAACAACUUCUAUAGCCUCAUGGAGGACGAUAAGAGCAUCCUUAUCUGUAUGCCCGUGGAAGCUCAGAAAGCACCUGUCAGUGUGGUUCACUCAGGUGUAGUCACUACUAUCAGUGAAGAACCUGCAGGCAGCAGUGAGACCCUGAAGGCUGAUGAUUGUCCUAUGAAGAUAAGCACUGCAGAGAAGUACACCUCCCCUAUGCCCCGUGCUCCUACCUGUGACGCCAUGGUUGGCACUGAUCUGACCGAGGGCGUGUUGGCUUUUACCCAAACUGAGGAUCCAGCAACAGCUGACAAGGACAUCAUUACUGAAGUCCACAUGGCUGAUCUGGACUAUCUCGCUGAGGAAUUUACCAAAAUCAAAAUGGCUCAAGUUAAACCAAGAGAGCAAAAAAAGAAAAUUAACAGUCAGGGUCACAGAUUGAGAAAGGAAUGUGACUGUAUGCAGCGUGCUCAACAAGCAGAGCUGUGUCUCCUGGCCCUGCAGUACAACAUGUGCAGACAGCACUGCUGGAGACUCUACUGCACCUCUGCUGAAGGAGGACAGCUUUCAACAAUGCUGAAGGAGCCUCCUGCAAACAUUGUGACUGUUCUGCAGAAUCUGGAAUCAGACUAUAAGCAGAUGAGGGACAAGAUCCUGGCAGGGGUUCCUCUGGAGCAGCUGAAGCCUCUGUCUGUUGACUGUGAGAAGAUCAUGACACAAGCAAGUUACAUCCCUACACAGAUCAGUGAUGUGCUGGGAAAUAAAUCAUCUUGGAGCUCUCAGCAGUCGCAGGAAAAUAGUGAAGCACCAGGUGGAGGAACUAGAUACUCUGAGGGUCAAGACAGCAAUGGCUACCAGGGUGGUCAGAAAAAGCAAAUCCCAGCUAACCAGCUCACAAAGGACAGCUGCAAAUCCAGGAGAGCCGUCACUCUCGUCCCCCAAGAAAGGGGCACUAUAUGUAAAGCAUACAAGCCAGAAGAAAAGCAGACGAGUGCGUGCGAAGAGCUGAACAUGAGCGAGGCGUGGUUCGAUGCUGAGGAAGACCUGGAGCAUGCAGCGGCUGCUCAGAUAGGAGAGGAGUCAAAAGAUAAGAGAGACGAAUCAACCAGUGAGGAGACAAAGAACUCAAUACUGUGUGUCAACUUACCCAGUAAUGUGACUGAGCCAGCAGAGGGCAGCGGAGGCUUUAAACAAAACUUUGUCUUUGCCAGAGUGAAAGUUGCCAUAGUGAUGGUGGCCAAUGCAGAGGGUGCAGUGACAGAUCUGAAUGGCUACAUAAUGCAAGGCCAUACUUUAAAUGUGGGGCUCAUCAACAGAGCCACAGCAGGGAGCCAGAGCCAGGCCUCAACCUCCAUCUGUGGGCCUGAGUCCUCACAAGACACCACCAAACCACCAACCUCCAAGACUGACUCCAGCAGCACUCACAGACAGCUGAUAACUCAGCCUCCUCUUAGCUCUAGUCUAAACAACAGGAAGGUGGUCUGCAUCUCCCCCACGGCAAAGGGAACCUGUGUUCCCCAACACUAUGGCACCAUGGGCAGCUUCGAUACCCUGAUGGCACAGCUGACUCAGCUCCACCCUGACAUCGGGAGGCAGAGGAUUGUGGACGCUCUGAUCGAGCUGAGGACCAAGCACCAGGGUGUCCUCAGCGGCCUGCCCCUCAGGACCAUCAGGGAGAUGACAUCUGAACUCCUUACAAGGCCAGCCAGUUCCACACAAUAA